AUGCUGAUAGGAAAGGAAAUACCGGCAAUCAAAAUAACAGCAACCUUCUCAGUAUUAAUAACAGCUACAAUAAGCCCGGUCAUAAGGAUGAUUAUAAAGUCGGUCCAAGUACCAAUGUAGAGAUCGAUUAUAGUAUGAACAACAAUAACAACAACAGUGAUAUUUAUAUGAAGAAGAUUAGUCAAUCAAUUGUCAUUCAUAAAAACCAUGAUAAUAAUUAUGAUGAUGAUGAUGAUGAUGAUGAUGGCAACAUCGAUGCUAACUCUUCUCUUUUAGUUGGUGGCAUCGAAAACAUUCACAGCGAUCAUAACAGCAUCAACAACGACGACAACGAUAACAAUAAUGACAAUGCGCCUACAAAGUUUUUAUAUCUAUUGAUUGGUUGCUUGGCCAUUGGUGGGUUUUUAUUUGGAUACGAUACAGGCGUCAUUGCUGGGGCACUCUUGCCGAUCAAAGAGGAAUUUGGUCUUUCGAGUCAAGAACAAGAAUUUGUCGUUGGAGGAACUACACUUGGUGCCAUUCUGGGUGGUUUAUUAGCAGGAGCACUUUCAGAUUUGAUUGGCCGUAAGCCUGUAACAUUACUUUCGUCCGUAAUCUUCAUUGUUGGUGCUGCUCUCAUGACGUUCGCACAUGAUUAUUGGCUUUUAUUGCUUGGAAGACUCGUUGUCGGAGUCGGUGUUGGUCUCGCUGCACUAGUUGUCCCUCUAUAUAUUGGAGAACUUGCUCCCAGUGCAUACCGUGGACGAUUAGUGACCAUGAAUGUAUUGAUGAUCACAGGAGGACAAUUGAUUGCAUAUCUAGUUUCUUCUGCAUUGACGGAUAAAACAAAUGGUUGGCGCUGGAUGAUGGCGAUCUCGGGCUUCCCUGCGCUUCUUCAAUUAGUCACACUUCCUUUCCUCCCUGAAUCUCCACGGUAUUUGGUCAAAAAGGGAAAUAUUGCUGGAGCAAAGGCAGUAUUGAGGCGAUGUAUGGGACUCAACGAUACUAAUCAUGAUGAUAAUGGGAAAAUAACAGCAGCAGCAGCAGCAGCAGCAACAAUGGUAACGCCAACACCAACAGCAAUAGCAGAGACUACAGAAACAACAGCAGCAAAGACCAGCAACAGAAACAACAUUGAAGACUUUAUUACUAAAGAAGUCGAUGCUAUCCGAGAGAGCUUGGAACAAAGUCAUAAGACCAGAUACCGUGAUUUGCUCCGUAAGGAUCUGAGACGACCUCUUAUCAUUGCUUGUUUUAUGCAGCUAUGGCAACAACUCUCUGGUUUCAAUACAGCAAUGUAUUAUUCAGCCACUAUCCUCAAGAUGGCUGGUUUUCCUAAUGCUAAGAGUGCUACGCUUUUCUCAUUGUUGAUCGCAGGAACCAACAUGAUUAUGACAAUUGUGGCAAUUAAGAUUAUCGAUCGUGUAGGGCGUCGGAAGAUUCUGUUAGUGACUAUAAUUGGGAUGAUUGCAGGAUUGAUUGUUUUGGGCGUGGCGUUUAUCAAGAUUGUGGGCUUCACUGUGAGGCAGGACCAAUGUGUUCAAUACGGAGACAAUUGUGCAGCCUGUCUGACAGAUGAUCGGUGCUAUUUCCAGGAUAGUAGCAACACUUGCCAGGAUAUGGGAUGGGAUGGUCACGGUAAACGACCCAUUUAUACAGGAGUAUGCCCUAACCGCUCUGGGGGGAUCAAAGCAGGAAGCUGGGUUGCGUUGGCCAGUUUAGUCUUUUAUGUGGCAUCGUAUGGUCUUGGUCUUGGCAAUGCACCCUGGUUGAUUCAAAGCGAAUUGUUCCCGCUAGAUAUCCGUGGAAAAGCAACCGGCAUGGCUACAGCCUGUAACUUCGCAGGAAAUCUGGUGAUUUCAUUAACGUUCCUGACAUUAACACAGCGUAUAACAGCUACAGGGACAUUCUGGUUGUAUGCGGGCAUUUUAGUGAUAGCCUGGCUGUUUGUAUACUUUUUGGUCCCUGAGACAGCAGGACUGAAUUUGGAGGCGAUCCAAGAGCUAUUUAGGAAAGAAGAGGCUAUAAGCGCAGAAGUUGGUGGACCAACUUUGGUGUUAUAUCCGCAUCAACCUCACCAUCAGAGGAUAGUUGAUGGACAAAUGGAUGAAUCUUCAUUCGAAGAGGAAGGACGGAGGCGGCGUCGUGGGCAUGGGUAGUGCACCCACGAACUAUAAAGGCUAUUAUUUUUACUACUUAAUAAAGUAAAAUCUUUUUAUUCCCGA